UGGUGGAUGUAGAAUCGUGGGCGGGGCUAUGUAAGUGACUGCAGAACAGAAAAGUUUAUUAGCUAGCUAACUUCGCUCCAUCGCCAAUUUGGAAAUGUCUCUGGGUUGAAGUAGCGCUACAGUAAUCAUCGAAAAGAUGGAGUGCCAGGAAGAGGAUGAUGGAGACUUGUGCAGAUGGGCCAGUUCAGUGCUACUGAGCAGCAAAAAUGACAUCAGAGCACGAGUGCAACAGUUUGUGGAGGAGAGGAUGCAGACCACCAUGCUCACAGGUGUACUUAUUGGAGCUGCCGUCGCAGUCUCACUGAUUGGUAUUGUGGUGCUCUUCCUUUACAGGAGAUUCAAGCUCUCUCGUGAACAACAGCCUCACUAUCGCUUCAGAAAAAGAGAUAAAGUGCUCUUCUAUGGGAGGAAGAUAAUGCGAAAGGUCCAGACACUAUCCUCAAUCCCUCCCCCAACUUCCACCUUAGUAUCAAAGCAGCCACAACGCAUACGCAAAAGAACCAAAGUUCUAAGCAUAGCUCGCAAAAUCCUUAGGAUCCGGAAAGACCCUCCCACCCUGCAGCCCAAAGAACCCCCUCCCUCGCUGCUGGAGGCUGACCUAACAGAGUUUGAUGUGCAGAGCUCAAACCUGCCCUCUGAGGUCCUCUACAUGCUGAAGAAUGUCAGGGUCUUGGGUCAUUUUGAGAAACCCCUGUUCCUGGAGCUUUGUCGCCACAUGGUGUUUAUUGAGCUGCAGGAAGGCGAAGGUCUGUUCAGGCCAGGAGACGAUGACGACAGCAUCUAUGUAGUCCAGGAUGGACGACUCGAGCUCUGUAUCCAGGAGAAUGAUGGCACAGAACCAGUGGUGAAAGAUGUGCUCCCAGGAGACAGCGUCCACAGCCUUCUCAGUAUUCUGGACAUCAUCACUGGUUAUCCAGCUCCAUAUAAGACCGUAUUGGCACGGGCUGCAACUCGCUCCACCAUAUUACGUUUACCUGCAUCAGCCUUUGAGUCAGUAUUUAAGAAAUACCCAGAGACGCUUGUGCGCGUCAUUCAGAUAAUCAUGGUGCGCCUCCAAAGAGUCACCUUCUUGGCGUUGCAUAACUAUCUGGGCCUAACGACUGAGCUCUUCAAUCCGGACAGCCAGGCGGUGCCCUUAUCCAAUAUAAACAGCGUUAUGGCAGAUGCAAAUUCUCUGAAAACAACUCGUCGCCUGCACUUUCAGGACGAGUUACCUGCUGGGUCCAUGGAGAGCCCUGCAGAGACAGAUGGUCUAAAGGACAGCCCUUCAAACAGCUACAGGAAACUGCGUUCUAUCUCGAUGCCCACCGACUGCGCAGGUAAUGAUCUGAACAUGGUUUGUGAACGAGCUCGAGUCACUAUAGAUGAGGCUCCAUCUAGUCCUGUCACUCAAAAGUCCAGUCUGAAGAAGAGCGUGACCAUGCUGCACACUCCCUCUGAAGUGUUUCACUACACAGACAGUGGGGGGCACUCUGAUGCCAUCCACCUCAGUAAGAGCAGCACAAUCUUCCAGGCUGCUAAGAAGGACCUACUGGGAAUCAUCCAACUGCAGGAUCCGACUCUACUUGAAGGCAGGGUGACACUCCAUCAAGUCAAAGCUGGUUCCGUGGUGGCUCGUCAGGGAGACCAGGAGGUGAGCAUCCAGUUUGUGAUAUCUGGGCUCCUCCAUGUCUACCAGCGGAUGAUUGAUCGUGAAGAAGAGACACGUCUGUUUGUGACACACCCCGGAGAACUCGUCGGUCAACUCGCUGUCCUGACUGGAGAGCCCCUCAUAUUCACUGUCCGAGCCCAGCGAGACUGCAGCUUCCUCUCCAUUUCCAAAACCCACUUUUAUGAGAUAAUGCGUGUGGAGCCAAAAGUAGUGCUGAAUGUUGCUCACACAGUGGUGAGGAGGAUGUCAUCUUUUGUCAGACAGAUAGACUUUGCUCUUGACUGGAUGGCCGUGGAAGCUGGCAGGGCCGUCUACAGGCAGGGGGAGAAAUCAGACAGCACUUUCAUAGUGCUUAGUGGUCGCCUUCGUUCUGUUAUCAUGAAGGAGGAUGGCAAGAAGGAGCUGAUAGGAGAGUAUGGACGCGGUGACCUGAUUGGAGUGGUUGAAGCCCUGACCCAUCAGAACAGAGCCACCACAGUGCACGCAGUACGAGACUCUGAGCUGGCCAAGUUACCAGAGGGAGCUCUCAGCUCCAUCAAGAGGAAGUUCCCACAGGUUGUCACCAGGUUGAUCCACUUAUUAGGACAGAAGAUCCUCCAGCAGGUCAAUGGUCCUCUGACAGCUCGCAGUUUGGCUCUUCACACCCCAGGAAGUAAAUGGGAUGCAGGGAACCAAGCCUCAAACCUCUCCACUGUGACUGUCCUGCCUGUGUCAGAGGAGGUACCUCUCACUGCCUUCACCUUGGAGCUGCAGCAUGCUCUCAUUGCAAUAGGCCCCACUCUUCUGCUGACCAGUGAUAUUAUCAAACAGCGACUUGGAGCUGCUGCACUAGACAGUGUCCAUGAGUACCGUCUGUCCAGCUGGCUGGGCCAACAGGAAGACAUCCAUCGUAUAGUUCUUUACCAGACUGACUACACACUGACCCCAUGGACACAGCGGUGCAUCCGUCAGGCUGACUGCAUCAUCAUCGUGGGACUAGGGGAGCAGGACCCUGCCGUUGGGGAGCUGGAGCGUAUGUUGGAAGGAAGUGCUGUGCGUGCCCAGAAGCAGCUGGUGCUGUUGCACAGAGAAGACGGCCCACCACCCAAAGGAACUGUGGACUGGCUGAACAUGCGAAGCUGGAUCUCCAGACACCUCCACCUCUCCUGUCCCCGAAGGGUCUUCUCUAAGAGGAGCCUGCCCAAACUGUUGGAGCUGUAUCAGCGCGUGUUUGAGAAGCCAGCAGACCGCCACUCUGACUUCUCCCGCCUGGCUCGAGUCCUCACGGGCAAUGCUAUCGCCCUUAUUCUUGGGGGAGGGGGGGCCAGGGGUUGUUCCCAAGUGGGGAUAAUGCGUGCUAUCUGUGAGGCCGGUAUCCCAGUGGACCUUAUUGGUGGCACUUCUAUUGGUUCUCUGAUGGGGGCACUGUAUGCUGAGGACCGCAGUCACAGCCGCAUGAGAAUGAGGGCCAAAGAAUGGGCAAUGGAAAUGACAUCAGUGUUCCAGAAGGUUCUGGAUUUGACGUACCCAGUCACCUCCAUGUUUUCCGGUGCUGCCUUCAACUCCAGCAUCAGCAACGUAUUUAAGAGUAAACAGAUCGAGGACCUUUGGAUCCCGUAUUUCAAUAUCACAACUGACAUCACUGCCUCAGCCAUGAGAGUACACACUGAUGGUUCUCUGUGGCGGUAUGUUCGUGCCAGCAUGUCUCUUUCUGGCUAUCUGCCUCCUCUCUGUGACCCCAAAGACGGACACCUACUGAUGGAUGGAGGCUACAUCAAUAACCUGCCUGCUGAUGUGGCGCGCUCGAUGGGGGCCAAAGUGGUGAUAGCUAUUGACGUGGGCAGCCGGGAUGAAACCAACCUCACUAAUUAUGGCGACUCGCUCUCAGGCUGGUGGCUGCUAUGGAAACGCCUCAACCCCCUUGCUGAGAAAGUAAAGGUGUUGAACAUGGCAGAGAUUCAGACUCGGCUGGCCUACGUGUGCUGUGUGCGGCAGUUGGAGUCUGUGAAGAACAGUGACUACUGCGAGUAUAUCAGACCUCCAAUCGACAGAUAUCGCACACUGGAGUUUGGCAAGUUUGAUGAGAUUGCUGAGGUGGGAUACCAGCAUGGCAAGACUGUGUUUGAUGUGUGGGGUCGCAGUGGAGUGGUGGAGAAAAUGUUGAAAGAUCGACACCAGGAAGAGUUCCAUAACACCCAAAGCAAGAAUAAUGUUGUGACAUGUCCCAAUGCUUCCUUCACUGACCUGGCAGAAAUUGUGUCCCGCAUCGAGCCCGUCAAACCUGCCCUCGUGGAUGAGGAGUCAGACUACCACACUGACUAUGAAGAGGAGGCAGUGGAGAGCGCUCUGUCUGACAUGGAGCUAUACAGUCGAUAUGGAGAACACACUGAAGGGGAGGAGACUGCUGACACGGAUGAGGAGCUGGAAGGGAGACAUACACACCACAUUACCUCACUCAUCAGCAGCCAAACUCAGUCCCCUGCCGUCCCUGAUGCUCCACUGGGUGCACAAUCAAACCAGGAAGUCCUUUCCAAACAGUCCCUUAAGUGAAGACCCGGUCGAAUAAACUCUGGCGAAACAGGUCAGGUCAUCACAAUUUAACCUGCCUGUCUUUGGCUCACUUUACCCUCCAGUCUGUCCCACGUGACUCAGAACCUGUUUCCUGCCUCUGAGACUGUCAGAGUAACUUUGAUUACCAUCUUGCCUGUGACCUGGCCUCGUUAGCUGUGUGGCUAACAAAUGGACAGUCACUUACUCAAUACAGGCAUCAAGUAUAACAUGCAGUAAAUUCAGCUGCAAGCCCUAUGCAUUCUCAGUCUAUACAAUAGCAGCUCAUAUUGAGACAGUCGAGAUUAUUUUCUGUAGCUUUACAUGAAUCGCACUAGUCCAGUGGAAGAUGACAAUGCAAUAGGAGAAAUGAUUAUUACAUGAAAACACUUCUCUGUACAGGUACACCUGUACAGUCUAAUGCAGUCCUACACAACAGCAUCAAUCUUAAUAAAAUUGGUGAUGUGUAAAUUGAUAUGUUUAUUGCUUAUGUUAUAGUAAGAGGUGGUGUUGUAUUGGACUGCAUUAUAUUUAGAGGUGUUUCUGAUUUAUGUCUUCCCUAUAUACAAACAUCAGGCGCCACAGAAUAUGAUGCAGUCCAGUACAACACAUCACUAAUUAUGACCUCAAUAAAACAUAAUUGAGUUAACACCUCAGUUGGAUUGCAGUAGACAGUACAGGUGGACCUUACAAAGUGGCUACCGAAUGUAUAUUUUAUUUAUAUAAUAUGGAUGAACCAACCCUUUCAAACUGACUAAAACGUGCCAGAGCAUACCAAAACAAUAUACUGAGGCUGCAUUAAAGGAUAGGUUCCGAUUUUUUUCUUAAUUAAAUAUUUAUACACUUAAAGAUAUAUGCUCCUCCAUAUCGGCUACAAAGUGAUACCUUACUAGUAUUUCAGGAGGUUGAAUAGAGAGAGUUUGAGUCUGAGCCAAAAGGUGUGUGAUUUGAUAACAGACAUGUGAACCCACUGAACUGUAUCUUGUGAUAUGCAACUCAUGUCUUAACUGCCCUUGCAGAGUGCAUAGUGGUGGGAUGGGAUGAGAGCUAUUUCAUUCGCCAAGUGUGCCAUAGAUUCUGUCAAAUAGACAUGUAAUGUGGGAUUGCUGUAAGAGGUAAGAGAGAAAAUCCACAGUCCUCGUUCGGUGCAAAUUAAAUGGGUAUCUCUCAAGGGUAGAGUCUUAAGAACAGAAUCCCCUUUUAGCGUCUUGCUAAACAGCGUUUUGUUGCUGAGCUGAAAAAAUUACAGCAACCAACAAGCUCUUUCAGUAUGCAUACAGGCAUGUGAGUUUUAUAUUGAUGUGUAAAGAAAACCUUGAAAAAAAAUGUGAACCUAUCCUUUAAUCUUUUGUACACUCAGUCUAUGUAAUGAUCCUCACCAGUGUUUGCUUGCAACAUCACUAAUUUAAAAACAGAAAAAGAGCAAAACAAGCAGCACGCUCCAUGGCCAUGGCUGUCAGCACAGUUUUGUCAUAUCCAGUGUGCCAGGGACAUGGAGGGAGGUAAUGAUUAUAAUCCACUUCAAAGCACUAGUUUCCCCUCUCGGCUGGAGAGAGGAGCCCCCCCCUCCAAUCUGUUUUCUGGUUUCAAUCUAUCAGACACAGACUGAGCAGCAGACAGUGUGGAUCUGUUGGGUGAACUCUGAAGCUCUGCUCGUCUCAGUACAGUUUAUGCAAAGGGGCUAUUUGCAGCAGCAGGGCAGUUCUUCACAGGAACAUGCUGUAACACAAAUUAUUUGGCUUAUCAAGAUGUCUUUUAGCUUUUUUAGCCUAGCGAUUUGGACCUUUUUUUUGUGAAACUGAAAAAAGUUUUGUAGCCUGCCAUUAAGAUGGUCUGAUUUUUGUUACACAGUGAAUAAUUAAAUAUAUUUCCUAUUUAAACCAAGCAUAGGUCAUGACAGCUGGACAAUCAUUCCAGAAAUGCAAUGCAAUGCACAAUUAAACUAACAAAUUGUUAUAUAGCCUUGAUUAACAUGCCUCUCUUAGCGACACCAUACCAUUUUUAGAGGAUUAACUUAAUCUCAGUCACAACUAUGGCUGCACUAACAGUUAAUGAUAAUUAACGAUGAUUAAUGAUUAAUGUGAUACAUUUUUUCAGUUAACAGAUUGAUCUGUUAGUCUAGAAAAGAAAAUCACAAUUUUAGUCCAGAACCCAAAGAUAUUCCGUUUUCUAUGAUGUGAGACAAAUGUCAGGAAUAGCAAAAAAUUGAAAAGCUUAAACCAUCCAAUCAAAAAAAGACUUUAACAAUGAAAACAUUUUUAAGCUAGUUUAAUUUUCUGUUGAUUGAAUUAUUGUUUCAGCCUUCCAUCACAGUAUUACUAGAGCUAUAAGUAUACUCUCAAAACUCUCACAGCAUAGUUGAGAGUUUCAAGUCAACAAUUCAUGGGCAAUGACUGAGCAAGACAGUUUGCAGUUGAAAAAUAAUCUUGCCAGUGCUUUCUGGCAAACGAUAUAAUGGCAACACCAUUUUCAAAUUACUGCAAACAUAUUUUUGGCAUUUCUGUACUGCAGUUUAUUUGUUACUUAUCAGCUAACUCAUACUCAAGGUUACAAUACCAAUAUACUAUACAAUAAGCUAAUAUCAGCUUGCCAAUUUAUUGGUCAGGUUCUAAUUAUUAGUUCAUCAAUGCAACUUUUUUUGUUUUUUUUUUUCUUCCCACUUGAUACAGCACCCUGUGAGCCUCACUGUAUGAAGCUGUGAUCUUCAUAAACACUAGUGCUACACUGCCUGAAGCCUUACAUGUAUAUACAGUGGGAGAAAACCUGUGAUAAACACUAUGGGGCUUCCAUAUGGUGUGGAAUAAAUGGAGUCUAGACACAGAAUGCGUGAGCUAAGUGGAGAAAGGAAAAUGUUUGCUGGUGUUUGCACUGGUGUUUUUUUUGUACUUUUGGGUGGUUUCCAAAAACCAAGCACAAUGAAUUGAUGUUGCCUGGCAGAAUGAAUGUUUCACUACUUUAUUAAAUGGGACAUGGUAAUGGAUAAAGUGCUUACGUAAUGCGUGGAACUGUGCCAUGAAGUUAAUGUAACAAAGCCUUAAAUGACCCAUGCGAAAAAACAACCACUCGUGCCCUCAUUUUGCAUUCAUUUUGAUGAUUAAUAUACAACGAUUGUUUACCAAUAAGCCUGUACUGUAUGACAUCAAUUACUUGUCUAUAUGUAUGUUAUUUGAUCAAUAUUGUUAUUGAUAAUCAAUUGUUACUAAUAUACCACUGUUUGUUGUUGUA